UGCAUCUUACGAGUGUUACAUUAUUCUCUCGAUUCGACAACCAACUUCCACGGUCGUGCUGUGGGUGCACCAAAUUUUUCUUUCCCGUCGACGUAGUUUAACACGGAGAAAUCACCCCCAAAGAACGUACUGUACCCCCACCAUGCGUUUCUUUACGGGGGACUUGACUUUGGACUGGGGGCCAAUUGUGCGCACACUCUUGUCAUUCUUGAAUUGACUCGUUCCAGCCCACCAUGGCCUUCCGCGUUUGCACCAUUGGCCAACUCGGCCACGGCAAGACCACAUUGAAAACCGCCCUCGCCCAAUCCCAGUCCAACACCGCGGCCCCCCUGGACAAGAACGGGAUCGUGUACGACGCCACUCGCGUGCAGUACCAAACCCCCACCCGCCAGUACGACCAUGUCGACUUUGCCGGGCCGAGCGACGCCACCAAGUACUUCAUCACGCAGGGCUCCGCUCUCAACGCGGUCAUCCUCGUCGUGUCUGCGACGGAGGGGCCAACGCAGCAAACUCGCGACCAACUCCUUUUGGCGAAACAGGUGGGCUUGAAGUCGAUCGUGCUGCUGCUUAACAAGACCGACUUGAUCGACGACGACGCAGUGCUGGAUUUGGUGGAAGACGAAGUCCGCGAACUGGUGAUUGAAUAUGACUUCGUUGGGGCCGAUAUGCCCGUCGUGCGCGGAUCGGCGCUCAAGGCGGCCCAAGGCACCGACAAGAGCACUGUGGCUGCGCUGCUCCAAAGUCUGGAUGCCUUUCCUCAACGCAACAACGAACAAAUCACGUCCCCCAACGUUAGCUUCAAGUUUGAAGCGCUAGUGUACCUCCGCACCACGGCAGAAGGCGGCCGCCGCACCCCGUUUUACCAAGGCUACAUUCCCCGUCUCAACUUUCCAGUUGUCGGCAAGACGAUCUUGGGCAAAAUCGAGUUUACGGGUGGAGUCACUUCGGGCAACGCGGGAGCCGUGAUCACUUUGAAAGUCACUCUCGAUGAAGGCAUCAACUUGUCGGCCAAAACGACCAGGUUUUCCAUCCAAGAAGGCGGACUUGACAUUGGACAUGGGGUCGUCACCCGAGUCGGUUAGGGUCUCGAACCACUCUUACUCGUGUAAAACAUGUCUGAGCCUUGA